UUGCUGUGCCGGGAGGCGAGCGCGGGUCGGGAGCGGGCCCUGCCUGUGGCGGGCACCAUGGCGCUGGCCGAGCCGCGCUGGCCGGAGAACCUCUCCCUGCUGAAAGCAGUGGAUGAUUUGUUGCGUUGUGGGAUAUGCUUUGAUUACUUCGAUAUUGCAAUGAUCAUACCACAGUGUUCACAUACCUAUUGUUCCCUUUGUAUACGAAAAUUUCUGUCUUACAAAACUCAGUGUCCAACAUGUUGUGUGGCAGUCACGGAACCUGACCUGAAAAAUAACCGGAUAUUAGAUGAGCUGGUAAAAAACUUUAAUUCUGCAAGGCAGCAGCUGUUCGAGUUGGUCUUGGAUUCACCACCAGUUUCUCCUUCAACAAACUAUACCAAAUAUUCUGCUGGCAAAGGUCAUGCUGCGGGUUCCGUGGUGGGUUCAGUAUUAAAACAAGACAAACAACUUAUAGACCAUUUCUUGAUAAAGGAAAACACUCAGACCCCUAAAAGGAGAUCUGUAGCUGCUGAGGUGGAAUAUAAAGGUUGCAACAACGAACAAGAAAGAGAUAAUAGACGUUGUAGUUCUGCAGAGACUCAUGAUGCGGUCAGUGAAGGGAUGGCAGCCACAAGUCCCGAAGGCAUGAGAAAUCUUGAGAAACCCUCUACAUCUGUAAUGAAAGUAAUUACAAAAGUAGAUUGUCCUGUGUGUGAGGUUGCUAUUCCAGAGCAGUAUAUAAACAGACACUUAGAUAGUUGUUUGACAAGAGAUGAGAAGAAGGACGGCCUCAGAAGUUCUGGUCACAAAAGGAAGUGCCUGCCUAAAGUCGUUUACAACUUACUUUCUGACCGUGAUCUGAAGAAGAAGCUAAAGGAACAUGGGCUGUCUAGCCAAGGAACGAGGCAACAGCUUAUUAAAAGACAUCAAGAAUUUGUGCAUAUGCAUAAUGCUCAAUGUGAUUCUUUAAAUCCCAAAUCAGUUGCAGAAAUAGUGAAAGAGCUUGAAAACAAUGAGAAAACUCGGACUCAACUUGAAUUUAAUAAAGCUGGUGAAAAUAGCAUGACAUUUACGAAGGACCAGACAGAAAAGGAAAUGGAUGAGAUUCACACCUAUUAUCGGAAUAAACAUAAAGGUGAAUUUCAGCUUUUAGUGGAUCAGGUAAAUAACCGAUGGAAGAAAACUGGUAAAAGGAGAAUCAAGAGCUUACAAGAGAGAGAAGUACCCACUGCUGAAGACCAGGCUAUGGACACAGGAGAACAGAAUAUUAAAAAACAAUGCACAGACCAGACCUUUGUAAUAGACCAGUUACCUAAAGCCGAAAUACCUGGUUCUGACACAAGCAAAUCCUAUAAUUUGGCUGAGGGCUCAGAAUCUCUUUCUCCUGCAUUCUCAGAGUCAUCAGGAUCAGCAAGGAGAGCUCUGGUUACUAUUUGGAUUGAAGCUUUUUGUGAGUUUCAGUGGCUAAUGUUCCCUAGGACACUCCAGUUCGGAUAUUUUGAGAGAUCUGCAAGAAGUUGAGAUGGUUUCAGAGUCAUCAGAUAACAGCUUUCCAGAUGUGAAAGUUAGCAAACGGAAAUCACGUCGCCCCAAAACACCGGAAAGUGGUCAAGUACUUCCCAGGAGUAAGAGGCGGAAAAACUAGCAAUACGGUCACCUUACCUCUAAGCCUAUGCAGUCAACUGGAUGCUGUACGACAUUUCCAUACAGACUCCUUAUUUGUUCCCAGCAGAUUUGGAGCACUUAAGAAUUUAAAGCACUGAAAUUCUGUGUAUUCAUAUCAUUUAAACGGCCUUGAAAUAAUGGAUUUACUUUGUGCUUUGCAUUAGAUGUGUUUGCUUACAAUACCAGAGGCCAUUUCACUUUAAGAAUGGACAUACAGUAUCAGUAUCUUUCUAUAAACAUUUAACUCUUCUGCCCAUAUUUUUAGCAUGGCAGAUGUAGUGUAUUGUGGGAAAAAUGGUUUUUAUCAUUUAGGACCCAAUUUUGACAGCUUUUUUCACACUGAAGAGCAGUUUACUCCACUAAUAGCCCUCUUGAGAUCAGUGUGACUAGUUGUGGAGUAAGUUGUUGCUUAAUGGACAAGACUGGCACCUUACAAAGGACAGCGUGUUGUUACACUGCGUCAAGAGUAGAGCACAGACCAAAUUGUAAUGCAGUCCCAGUUGAAUCCCUACUUUCCCCUUUCUGAAAGUGGGGAAGCAGGCUUUGCUCGUUCAUUUUCUUGUACUGCUUACUUCCACUGUGCUGGCUCAGUUGGCUGGCUGGUGCACUGUGGGAGGCAGAGACAAAAGAUUGACUCCCUAUCUACUGGUGUAGGAGAGAGGAUGUAGCUGCCUGAUGGUGACUCCUCUGUAUGGGGUGGUAGGGGAUACACAGGCCAGCUCACAGUUGGGACCAGUGUGAAUAAAGGAAUCAGAAUCUGUCCCUUAACCAUUGCAUAAAUAGAUAAACAGAAGCCUGCAUUUAAAAUGUCUACGUUUCUUAGGAAUUACUGUACAAUGUUCAACAUGCCACCAGGAAACAAACCAAACUGAAGAAUAAUAUAAAUCCAGUGACCUUUUGUAUUGUCAGCAUUUUAUCUUAAAUGUAUGUGGCACUUGGGCACCAUUUGCAUUGGCAUUAACCAAAAUCCUUGCCUUUUUGAAAUCAUAAGGCAGAUGAUACAGCAGGGGGAUUAGUAUAUUUGGUCGCUUUGAAAUAAUUUGAUUUUGCAGGUGGUAUAAAUAUUUCAUAUUUCAAACCAUUUCAGUCCCAAAGCAAUAUGCUGUGUGAGAAUGUAUAUUUGUAAGGUUGUUCUUAUUCCUUAGUAAUCUUUCAUUAUUUCAACUUAACCGUUAAGUUAAAAUUGGAGAUUCUAUGGUUCUCAGACUUUAAUUAUUCUAGCUGUGAAAUUAAUAUUAAAAUGUAUAUACUCUUAUUUUUAAUAAAGUUAGGAGUUUUCCUAGUUUAAAGAAAUACAAGAAAAUUAAAGGGCCUUAUUCCUUUAAAUAGGAUGAACACAGAGAAAACACAUCCUCUGUGAAUUUAAAAAUAAUCAAAUUUAGUCUUAGAAAGCAAAGUCUGCACUGGUCAUGACUUGUCUUUGUGUUUUGUGUGACACACAAAAUCCAAAAACUGGUUAAGGUGGAGGGUUCUGUGAAUUUAUAUUUUAAAAUACAGUUUUGAGGUCUGAGAUUACACAUGCUUCUACUGGGCAUAUUGCUUACUAUCGGGUAUUCCCAUUCAACCCAUGGUAUUAAACAAUAAACCUGGUCCAAUGGGCAUAUUUGCAGUUAGUGCAAACUGUCGUAGCACAGAUAAGAAAUUGGAUGUUACAUUUUUCAAUUAAAGCAAUCACUUUGGAGAAGGUAGCUACUAACUCCACUUAUUAGGUCAUUGUAUUGUGAUUCAUGUCAAUUUACAGAAGCAGGAUGUAAAAUCCACACAAUUAUAUAGAGAAAGAUAAAACUUGUAUGUAGGUCAACAUCUCUUGACUUAAAUGGAGCUAUGACAGUUUACACCGGCUGAGGAUGUCCUCAGUGGGUUUGCAGACAUGGUCCUUUUAUAGCCCCAUUUUUACAACAUGUUGGGGUUAAUAAGGUACUUUUUAAAAAAAAAAUCAAUAUGAUUUUACUCACUGCUAGGCAUGGACAACUGCAUCAAGGAAAGUGUAACCAACACUAGCACAUACAUGGAAUUUAACCACAGAGACAAGUGUGAAUAAAAUUUGAGGAGUAACAACAUCUGGGCCUUUGCAUUGCUUGUUAAUCUGCCACUAGUUGUGCUAACAGGAGGCUCUGAAUCUGAUGAAAUGUCAAAGAGUAUUAUAGCUCUUUUAAAGUAGUGAAUAUCUUUAGUUUGUUAAUGUUGGUACAAAAGGCAAUUGUUUAAGAUUAUAAAUUGUCAACUUGUUUUUAAAGUUAUGCAUUUGCAAAGUUGAACACAUGAGGAUGUAAACCAAAAAACUUCCUUUAUAAAAACCACUGUAUCUUGGUGGAAUUGGAUCUGUUAGAUUUCCUGUUCAUGGUGUGUGCUCCGGAUAUCACUAGUACACGAGGUUAUUUCUGUAUACUCUGCAGCCAGUUUUGGAAGCAGUCGCCCUGAAACAGUGAAAUGUUUAAGACAUAAUAUUUUGUGAAAGUUAAAUACAUGGCAAAGUUCAGGAUAUUCUAGGAAAAUCAUGUGAAUGAUUGAAGGUUCUGUUCCAGAGAUCUAUUCUCUCAGUACACUGUGUUCCCUGAGCAUCAAAAUGGCCCUAUGUCUUUCCAUACAUGAUGGAAAAUUAGAAAUCAUUAAACUAGAGUGAUGUCAUUGCAAGCAAUACAGUAAGAUAGAUAGACAUGAAAUAAUUAAAAGAAGAAAUCUGCUGGUUAGUGUUUUUAUAUGUUUUUGAAUUUGUUUUCAUUGCUGAUUGUUUUAAUUUUUUUUAUUUUGUGAUACUGUCUGCUAAUGUCUCUUUCUAAUAAAACUACAAAUGCUUCUGC